GAGAGCGCGCGCGCACAUGGUGGCAACCGUCGACAUUUAGAGAGACUGAAAAGGCAGUUAUUAAAUUGCCCCUCAACAACUCAUCUCCUCCAGGCCUUUUCCUUUCUCUCUCUAAAACCCACUUUCUCUCUCUACAUUUUGGACUUUCUUCUUCUUCUUCUUCUUCUUCCACUCUGAAUCAUACAUUUUAGGGUUUUAUAUCUCUACAGUUACAUACCCUUUUCCACCAAUGCAUUUGAAUCUCUACAACUCUCAAAUGUCACUCCACAUUAUCGAAUUCGAACCCCAUUCAAUCCCAAUUACAAACAACUUUCUCAAUCCGAUUCGGCAAUGAUAAUGCUGGGUUUCGAGAAUGAAAAGCUCUGCACAUUCUCUCCCUUUUGUUCUCUUCUCGCUCUUCAUGUUCCUUUUUCUCGAUUUUCCGGCCGUUUCUCAGGUCACCGAGAAGGAAAUCUUGCUCCAAUUCAAAUCCAACAUUUCGAUUGAUCCAUCCAACAUUUUGAGCUCCUGGGAUUCAAGCAAAAAUCAAUGUAGAGACUUCAAUGGUGUUUUGUGUAAUUCACAAGGAAAUGUAGUGAAGAUUGUGCUAUGGAACACUAGCCUCGCCGGAGUUUUAUCGCCGGUGUUAUCUGGGCUCAAAUCUCUCCGGAAUCUUAAUCUGUUUGGAAACCGAUUCACCGGCAACAUUCCAUCGGAGUAUAGACAGAUUGAAACUCUCUGGAAGAUCAAUUUGAGUUCCAAUGCUCUAUCUGGUUCAAUCCCGGGUUUUCUCGGCGAUUUAUCCAACAUUCGGCUUCUAGAUUUGUCGAAAAAUAGGUAUGGUGGAGAGAUUCCAUCUUCUCUGUUCAAGAAUUGUAGCAAAACCAAGUUUGUUUCGCUUUCUCAUAACAAUCUCUCGGGUUCGAUUCCAUUGUCACUAACCAAUUGCCUCAAUCUUCUCGGGAUCGAUUUUUCUUUCAACAAUCUCAGUGGUGGAUUUCCUUCACAACUCUGUGAAAUUCCAAGCUUAGCAUACUUGUCAUUGAGGAGCAAUGUCCUAACAGGAAGUGUUCAAAACCCGAUUUCUUCGUGCCGGAGUUUAGAGCUCUUGGAUCUUGGCACCAAUUUGUUCACUGGGUUAGCUCCAUUUAGUGUUCUUGGAUUCACAAAUCUCACCUUUUUUAACAUUUCAAGUAACGGGUUUGAAGGAGAGAUUGUAGAGACUGAGAUUUGCAGUAAGAAAUUGCAAGUUUUUGAUGUUUCGAUGAAUAGAUUGAACGGGGAGAUCCCAUUGAGCAUAUCAAAUUGCAAUGCCAUUAAAUUCUUGGAUUUGGGGUUUAACAGUCUGAAUGGGAGUAUUCCAAUUGAGGUUGUGGGUUUGAAGAGGCUUUUGGUUUUUCGAUUGGGGAAUAAUUCGGUUGAUGGAACUGUUCCAGCAGGGUUUGGGAGCAUUGAAUUGCUUGAGGUUCUGGAUUUGCAUAAUCUCAAACUGGUUGGCAACAUUCCUGAAGAAAUCAGCAAUUGCAAGUUUCUUCUUCAGUUGGAUCUUUCUGGUAAUGAAUUACAAGGAGAAAUACCACAAACACUUUACAACAUGACAUAUCUUGAAAUUCUUGAUUUACAUCGAAAUCAACUCAAUGGAAGCAUCCCCUCAAGUCUUGGGAAUUUGUCUCGAAUCCAAUUUCUUGAUCUAUCAGAAAAUUCCUUAUCUGGGUCAAUCCCAAAUUCACUCGAAAAUUUGACAAAUUUGACUCAUUUUAAUCUCUCCUACAACAACCUGUCUGGCCCUAUUCCUUCCUCCAUCCAGCAUUUUGGUUUCUUCGCAUUUUUUCAUAAUCCGGGCCUCUGUGGUGCCCCUUUGGACACACCGUGCUCCGGCAAUGGCACAAUUCCAGUGUUAAGAAAACCUAAGUUUAGUGUUUCGGCUAUUGUUGCAAUCGUUGCUGCUUCAUUGAUCCUCAUUGGUGUUUGUGUGAUAACCAUUGUGAAUAUAAAGGUUCGCCGGAGGAGAAGAGACAUGGAUGAGACAAUGGUUGUCGAGAGCACUCCACUGGGCUCAACAGAUUCAAAUGUCAUCAUUGGAAAGUUGGUUCUCUUCAGCAAAACUCUGCCCACGAAGUAUGAAGAUUGGGAGGCUGGCACGAAAGCUUUGCUUGACAAGGAGUGUUUGAUUGGUGGUGGGUCGAUUGGAACAGUCUACAGAGCUAAUUUCGAAGGUGGGGUUUCGAUUGCAGUGAAAAAGCUCGAGACUCUAGGAAGAAUGAGAAACCAAGAUGAAUUUGAGCAUGAAAUCGGGCGGUUAGGAAACCUUCGACACCCUAAUCUUGUUGGUUUUGAAGGCUACUACUGGUCCUCUAGUAUGCAGCUAAUUCUAUCCGAAUUUGUUCCAAAUGGAAAUCUCUACAAUAAUCUACACCGCCUUGACUAUCCUGGCACGAGCACUGCAGUUGGCAAUAGUGAGUUAAACUGGUCUAGAAGGUUCCGGAUUGCUCUAGGCACAGCUCGAGCCCUAGCAUACCUUCACCAUGAUUGUAAUCCUCCGGUGCUUCAUCUCAACAUUAAGUCGACAAACAUACUCUUGGAUGAAAAUUAUGACCCUAAAUUGUCUGAUUAUGGGUUGGGGAAGUUACUUCCCCUAUUGGAUAACUAUGGCUUGACCAACUUUCACAAUGCAGUUGGAUACGUUGCACCGGAGUUGGCUCAAAGUUUGAGACAGAGCGACAAGUGUGAUGUUUAUAGUUUCGGGGUCAUUUUGUUGGAGCUGGUUACUGGAAGGAAACCAGUAGAGAGUCCGGUGGCAAACGAGGUGGUGGUUUUGUGUGAAUAUGUUAGGGGGCUGAUAGAAAGCGGCACCGCGUCGGAUUGCUUCGACAGAAGCUUGAGGGGUUUUGUAGAAAAUGAACUGAUUCAGGUCAUGAAGUUGGGAUUGAUCUGUACUUCUGAGAUGCCUUCAAGGAGACCUAGCAUGGCUGAGGUAGUUCAGAUUCUCGAGUCCAUCAGAUCUGGAUUGGAUUGAUAGUGAUUUUUUGUAGUCUGGCUCUGGUAAUGGGAUUUGGAGUUAGCAGUGGAUAGAAAAGGAAUAGGGCUGCAAACAAGACGAGUCGAAUUGAGUGGUAAAUUUUUAAUGAUUGACUUAUUUACAUAACGAGUCAGUUUGAAUGAGAUUUUAAUGAAUUAAGUACGAGUGAAGCCCUACUAGUUCGGUUCAUUCUGCAGCCCUGAAUAGGAGACAAAAAUAUUCACUUGAAAGAGCAAGAGAACAGCAGAAAUAUUCUUUUGUAUUCAUUUUUUAGAUUAUUUUCACCAAUUCUUCAUUGUAAUUUCUGCAAUAAAAUUCAUUACGUUCUGUAUCCCAUUUAGAAGCAGAAUUUUUUUAAUUUAUCAAUAAUUAGGAAUCAAAUAUUUUUCCAGAAUAAAUCACCUUUCUUUCAUGAAAUAAUGCUCUGCAGUAGUGUCAAUUAAUUUGCAAAGUAAGCAACAACAGGACUAGGACUAAGGCUAUAAACAAGGCUGAGCCGAACUGAGUUUUGGGAUGGAUGUUAGGAGCUCGGCCCAUUCAAACUUAGUCAAGCUCAAGCUCAAACUUUUUCAUUUAGCAAACAAGCCGAGCUCAAAUUAAAAUUGAAUGAGCUGAGCUAGUGUGGUUCAUGAAUAGCUCAAUUCACUUGCAGUCCUAAAC